AAGCGAGCGAUGAGACAGGAAAAGCAGCCGACGAGACGACCGAUUCAAAACCGCCCAGCUCAGCACGGCAGAAAAGAGUCGACUCCAUUUCGACCGCUUCCCCUCGACCUCCCUUCAUCCAAAUCCGAUCACGGCCACCAUGGCGGCGGCGCCGCCGGACGGCCAGGAGAAGGUGAUCGCCGCGGCGCAGCACAUCGUCAAGUCGCUCGCCAACUCCAAGAACGCUGCCGACGACAUGAUCCGCAUCCUCUCGGGGUUCGACAACCGCUUCUCCCUCAUGUCCAACCUCUUCCCUCCUCCCCCGUCCUCUGCAGCGGAUUCUGUCCUGGAGGCAGCGGACGAGAGGACCUCCCAGGGGGAGGGGGAGGGGGACGAGCCCGACCCCGACGACGUCGCCCCGGCCGGGGAGGAGUGGGACGCGGCGGUCGAGUUGAUCGAGCGGUGGGAGUCGCCGGGGGCGGGGGACAGGCUGCUGUUCGACUCGCGGGAGGACGCUGACGAUUACCUCGCCGCGGCCUCCUGCCUCCUGGGAGCGCCAGGCCCGCGCGCGGAGACGGCGCUGCAGGCCGCGAUGGCGCGCCUCGAGGAGGAGUUCCGCCACCUGCUGAUCCGCGGAGCUCCGCCGCUCGCCGCCGAGGACCUGCAGGCCUCGCUCCUCCGCCGCCUCUCGCUCACGGUGCCGUCCUUCAACUCCUCCGCCGUAGACCUAGAUUGCCCCUCCUUCGCCAGCCACACCGGCGAGGGAGACGGUGCAGGAGGCAGGAAUUCGGUCUCCGAUGACGAGAUCUCGCCUUAUCUGAUAUCUCCGGACACCGUCAGCACCCUCAGGGACAUCGCGGAAGUCAUGCUGCGCGCGGGCUACGCGCCGGAGCUGUGCCAGGUCUACGGCGAGGUGCGCCGCGACACGCUCUUGGAGUGCCUCGCCAUGCUCGGGGUCGACAGGAUGAGCCUGGAGGAGGUACAGCGCGUGGAGUGGGGUGUACUGGACGGCAAGAUGAAGAAGUGGAUCCAGGCGCUCAAGGUCGUCGUCCGGGGCCUUCUUGCUGAGGAGCGCCGCAUCUGCAGCCAGAUCCUUGUGGCUGACGCGAACGCUGAGGAAGAGUGCUUCACUGAGGCGGCCAAAGGCUGCGUCCUACAGAUGCUCAACUUUGGUGAUGCUAUUGCAAUUGGGAAGAGAUCGCCCGAGAAGCUUUUCCGCAUAGUGGGAAUGUACGAAGCGCUAGCUGAGGUGCUGCCAGAGCUGGAGGGUGUGUUCUCAGGUGAGGCGAGGGAUUUCAUCAAGGAAGAGACCGAGGGGAUACUCGUGCGUCUUGGGGAUGCAGUGCGUGGCACGAUUGCAGAGCUUGCCAAUGCCAUUCAGGGAGAGACUUCUCGGAAACCGCUGCCCGGUGGGGAGAUCCACCCCCUCACCCGUUAUGUUAUGAACUAUGUCCGGUUGCUUGCGGACUACAAUACAUCACUAAAUCACCUUCUUGAACAUUGGGACACUGAGCUGGAAAACAGGGGUGACAAUGAAAACAUGACUCCAUUGGGGCACUGUAUGCUCAUGCUAAUCACACAUCUACAGGGCAAAAUUGAGGAGAAAUCGAAGUUGUACGAGGAUGAGGCACUGCAGAACAUAUUUUUGAUGAACAAUCUAUGGUACAUUGUGCAGAAGGUGAAGGAUUCAGAGCUGAAGACCUUGCUUGGGGAUAACUGGAUCCGUAAGCGCCGUGGUCAGAUAAGGCAAUACUCAACAGGGUAUCUGCGGUCGUCAUGGACUAGGGUAUUAGUUUGCCUGAAAGACGGUGGUUUGCCACAGACAGUGGGUUCAUCGAGUGCACUGAAGGCUGCACUGAAGGAUAGAUUCAAGAACUUCAACUUGGCCUUCGAGGAGUUGUACAGGACACAAACGACAUGGAGGGUUGUGGAUCCUCAGCUAAGAGAAGAGUUGAAGAUUUCGAUCUCAGAGAAGGUGCUUCCAGCAUACCGUUCGUUUGUUGGGAGAUUCCGUGGCCAACUAGAGGGAGGAAGGAGUUCUGCAAGGUAUAUAAAGUACAACCCUGAGGAUUUGGAGAGCCAGGUCUCAGAUUUCUUUGAAGGGAAAAGGCCAAAUGCUUGAUCAAUCAGUCUUGUUUGAUGAUCAAGGAUGUUCAUAUUAAUGACGCUACCUACAAGUCCCAUCCAGAUUUUGAUGAUGCUAGUUCCAAGUCCCUUCCAAAUUAUACUGUACAGGGAACCUCACCUGCCAACAUCCUUUUGGGGGUCUGAAGAUGGAAAUAAAAGUUUUUCCUGAACUGACAGAAAUGGUGUGAACUGCGAAGCAACCUGAUUGUCCUGUAACUGUCAAUCUCUGAUCAUAAAGUAGCAAUUCCAUGAUGUCUUCUGAUGUUCUUGUCAGUUCAUAGAAUGGUGUUGUCUGUUUAUCAUGAUUCCUGAUCUGUGAUAUUGGUACCUUUCCUUU